AUACAUCACGAAGCAUCCUACAGAUAUCAAGAUGAUCAUUUGGGUGGGUCUGGCUGUUGGUGCGUCCUUCUUGGUGUCUUUCAACUGGUGGGAGAACUACUUGAGACUUAUCAGCAAGAACAGCAGCUCUGUAUUCCUCAAGAACUUGUGUAAAGACUUGACAAAGUGCCAGAACAUGCUAAACAUCCUCACCAGCCUGCUCAGGAUCGUCGUGACCGUCUGUGUGAUCGGAGCCUUCGUCCCUCUGGACAAAAUGGACUGGAACAUUGUGACCUCCAUCCCGAGCCGUGAGACAAAAAUUAUAGCCAUCAUCAUCGGGGUCCAGCUGAUCUCAUCUGCUCUCUGCCACUGGUUUUCUUUGGUAGCCUGCAAGAUGCAUGCCCUGCGGCGAUGCUUCAUCCUGCCUUUGUACCUGGCCUCCCUGGCCGUCAUGGUUCUGUUCAUCGUCCCCGUUAUCGUUUACUAUCAAGACUACAGAACUAGUCUGAAUGGGACUGCAAUCAACUUCACAGGCUACUGCAAUCAAGUUGUGGAUGGAAGAAACCAAAGCCUGAAUGGCAGUGUGUUCCCACAGCUGGUUUUGGAUGUCACACACACUCUGUGCUUCCUGGACAUGUCCAAGAUAGCUGACAUUGGAUCAUUGACAGGGUCGGCAGUAUCCUGGUGGCUCGGCCUUUUGUUGGCCACACUCCAUCUGUGGUACCUAAACGUGGAUCGUAUCCAGAGGACCCAAGACCUGUUCAUCAGGAGGCUUUAUGAAGGAGCAUUUAUCGAACAGUCCUUGCUCCUCAACACCCGAUUCGACAUCAUGUCUAAAGACAGGAAAAAGAAGGUAGCUGAUACAUUGAUGGUGUACCUGUGUGCGACAAUGUGGCAUGAAACCUACGAUGAGAUGAUGAACAUCAUUAUCUCAAUAUUCAGACUGGACAAGUACAGACCAAAGACAGAUCAAAAGUACACUGAUUUCACCUUCGAAACCCAUAUCUACUUUGAUGACGCGUUCAAAGAUGUCAAGGGGAGUCGGGGUCGUCACCUCAACAUAUACGCACAGCACCUUGUGGAAAUCCUCACAGAAGUUUAUACCAUCUUCACAAACAUCGACGACAAUUUCUUCAGUAAGAAGCAGCAGAUCCCUGAUCAGAAGAUAAUAAGAACGCCGUACGGAGGACGUCUGGUGGUCACCAUGCCUCAUGGGAACAUUAUCUGGGUUCACUUCAAGGAUAAAGAACUCAUCCGCCACAAAAAAAGAUGGUCACAGGUCAUGUACCUUUACUAUCUUCUGGGCUGGAAACUCAUGAACAAAUUGUACACACGCUGGCAGAAGGGAGAAGACAAGGCUGAGUUGAGAGCAGAAAUUGAGAAAGAAAAGCACAACACCUACAUCCUGGCUUUAGACGGGGACACAGACUUCCAGCCUGCUGCUGUGAUGCUGCUCAUCGAUCGUCUGAAAAUGUACCCAAGUGUCGGAGCAGCAUGUGGCAGGAUUCAUCCCACCGGCUCAGGUCCCGCGGUGUGGUUCCAGAAGUUUGAGUACGCUGUUAGUCAUUGGCUGCAAAAGACAGCGGAGCAUGUCAUUGGCUGUGUGCUUUGCAGCCCAGGCUGCUUCAGUCUAUUCAGAGCAGCGGCGCUGAUGGACGACAACGUGAUGAAGAAAUACUCCACCAAGUCCACGGAGGCGAGCCAAUACAUCCAGUACGAUCAAGGUGAAGACCGCUGGCUGUGUACUCUGCUGCUGAAACAAGGAUGGAGAGUGGAGUACAACGCAGCAGCUGAUGCUUACACCAACGCACCGGAGAACUUCGGUGAACUCUACAACCAGCGUCGCCGUUGGGGACCGUCCACAAUGGCCAACGUGGUGGAUCUCUUGGGCUCAACCAGCACAAUUUCCAACAGAAACCGUAGCAUGUCCAAACCUUUCAUGUUCUACCAGCUCUUUGCCAUCGCCUCAUCCAUCCUGGCCCCUGCCACCAUCUGCCUUAUGAUUGCAGGUAGUUUUACCUUCCUCAUUGCCAUGGAUGCCAGCAUUGCCCUGGUCCUGGCUGUGAUACCUCCUAUCAUCUACCUUGUUCUUUGCUUUAAACUCAAGUCCGAAACUCAGAUUAAAAUUGCAGGACUCCUGAGUAUCAUGUAUGCAUUCCUCAUGUUGGUGGUGACGUUGUCCAUUAUCGGCUCAAUGGUGAAGGAAAACACUAUCCUGACACCCAGCAGCAUUUUCGUCAUUGCCAUUUCCUCCAUUUACAUCAUCACAGCGAUAAUGCAUCCUCAGGAAAUCCAACUGAUCUUCCACGGCUUAAUCUACAUCCUCGCCAUCCCAAGCGCCUACCUCCUGCUCUCCAUCUACUCCAUGGUCAACAUGAACAACGUUUCCUGGGGCACCCGGGAGACAAAACCUGCUGCUGGAGCUGUCACACCAGAGCCUUCCACCCCGCAAACAAUAACCCAGAAAGCCAAAAGCACAUGCCAGCGGUUCUUCUCGUGGGCCAAAUGUUGUAAAAACUCCAACCAGAGAUCUGGAGACGGGCAUUACGCUGUCAGCCAGCUGGUCCUGAGCCCAGAGUCCGCACAGGCUGAACAGCCAGAACUCCAGCCCCAAAACACUAUUGUUGAGAGCAUAAGUUUUGCAGAGGAACAACAGAGGCAAGCGGAGCCUGUUUUGGACUUUCCUACCCAAUGUUGGGUCACACAACUAAAGGAUGUGUCCAAUGACAUGCAGCUGCAGGAGGACUCACUCGACAAGGAGGAGGAGGAGUUCUGGAUAGAUCUACAGAAGAAGUACUUGGAACCUCUGCAGGACGAUAAAGAGAGACAGCAAAAGAUUGGGAAUGACCUGCGAGAGCUGAGAAACAAGGUAAACUUUGCCUACUUCAUGUUGAAUGCCCUGUGGCUGGUGGCAACAUUUACCCUCCAGCUCUCUGCGGCCGUCUCUAUCACGAUCCCCAUACUCGACUUCAACCUCAAGCCCACCGGAAAAAACAUACAAAUCGACCCCAUUGGCUUCAUGUUCAUUCUGGGAUUUGCAACAAUGGUUGGAAUCCAGUUCCUUACAAUGUUCUACCACAGAAUCUACACUCUGAUCCAUUAUGUGGCCUUUCUGGACACAGAGCCCAAAGUGGAAAAAAAUGAACCAAAAGAAGCAUACCUUUCAGGCAAAAGGGUCGAACCUGUCUCCAGUGGCGACUCCAUCAUCGAAUCCAACUCCCUGGACGACUCUGAAUCUGACGAAUUUGAUGACGGUGAUCGGGAGGAUUCUAUGUAACAGACGUCAUGAUGGAGGGA